AUGGGUAACGCUCCUUCAAAGUCACCCAAUGCGGACGGAUAUCUCGACUAUGGCGCUAUCUGUCCCGACUCCCCAUCGUCUUUCGAGGAGAGGGACAUGUUCGAGGAUAUCAUCGCAGAGCCACUGGUGGCGUCUGACCGCAAGCCCUCGAUGAAGUCGCGGCGCAAGUCGUGGGACUCGGUCCACUCAAGAGACAGCAAGCGAAUUUCGUUGGACUCUGCAUUUGACGCCGCCAAAGAUGCGCUGGACAAGAUGAUGCCCAGGUCCAAGUCGUACAAUAAGAUUGGCGGCAGGCCGAAGGAGUUGAUUGGGGUUGAGUGGUAG